AUGUCUCGGUCGCCACAUCUUCCUCCCCGCUGCCCGCCUCUGGGUCCUCAAAUCACAGGAAGAGAUGACAGCUUGUUCACACAGAGCUGCAGGUUUCCAUCAGAGGAUCCUUUCUUUGGUGAACCACCGUGUUGGCUAGAUGAUCUCCUUGCAGAUUCUGGGAAAAUGCCAAACCUUCCACUUCUUAGGAGAGCUUGUAGCGACUCUGAUGCUAUCUUGGAUGCGCUGAGGACAAUUCAGAGCCCAAUUUUUCCGAUUGAGGAGGCGGAUCUGCAACCAGCAGGUGAGACCGGGGACUCGUUGGAUGCUGCUGUAAGGGGUGAAAGUGAUUUGGGGGUUGAAGUUAGCUGUGUGUAUGGUCCAAAUUCACCAAGACAGAAGUGUAGGCUGACCAGUUCAGAGAGUUCCAUUGUAAAUGCUGUCCUGGAGAAUGUCCCUAGCAACCCCUUGCAGUACCUGACCAUUGACCCGUCAACCAGUCUGCAUGGCAAUGUGGCCAAUGCAAAAGGAGAUGCAUGCGAUGAUGUAAACCAUCUAGAUCAAGACAAGUCAUUUAAAAGGCGAUCAGGCCAAAGAUCUAGGGUCCGGAAACUUCAAUACAUUGCUGAUCUUGAAAGAACUGUUGACUCUCUUCAGAUCAUGGGAGCUGAUUUGGCUGUAAGAGUAGCAUCUCAUUUCCAGCUUCGCAAUGCUCUAUCAAUAGAAAACAAGCAACUGAGGAGACAGAUUGCUAGUCUUCAGCAGGCAAAACUAAUGAAGGAUGGUCAAACACAUUUCUUGAAGAAGGAAACUGAGAGGUUGAAGCAGAUCUCUGUGCGUCACCGCAGGAGCAGGAGUGUCACUUCUUGCUUUGAGCCGGGCUCAAUUGGAGCAGACCCAUCAGCAAUCAAUUGGCAGACAGUUGACAUGUCAAAGCUGAGCUUAAACGGCAGUCCUGCUCCUGUGCCCCCGAGAGGUGGCUAUGGCCUGUAA